GUUAUUCUCUUGAACACCCGGGAGGAUUUGUAACGUUUCUUGUAAUCUUGUUUAUUUUUCAGUUGUUAUUUUUUGAAAAUAACAUAUUUGGGAACAGAAAAACUCAUGGAAACAUGUUUUUCAUAUGCAGAAUGUUUUUCAUAGCCAAGACGAGAACUUAACUUUGUACAUUUAAAUUUGAUAAAUCCCGUCUGAAGUGUGUUAAAAUGGCUAUGAACAAGCUGAUGCACCCAAAGAACCCUUACAAGACUCCACCGAACUUCAAGGAGCUUGCGCUGCAAUUCCCCGAAUUCAGAAAGUUCGCACGACAGGACUUGUCGGGAAAAAUUGGCCUGAAUUUCAAGAAUGAAGGCGCAGUCUGGGCUCUGACCAGUUGCCUGUUAAAAAAAGAUUUCGACUUGGAUGUGAAGACAGUCCCGUCUCACUUGGUCCCAACGCUGCCUCUCAGGCUCAACUACAUCCUUUGGCUGUCGGAUAUCGUGCAGUUGUUGCGUCCCGGUCAAGAAGGGGCCAGUGGGAUCGACAUAGGUACAGGAGCAUGUUGCAUAUAUCCAUUAGUGGCAGCAAAAAGAUUUUCUUGGAAUAUGAUUGGGACUGAAGUAGACGAAAAUAAUUUCAAAUGUGCAAAGGAAAAUGUAGAAAGGAAUGGUCUGCAAGAUAAAAUUCGAGUACUUUCGGUAAAGCAAGGUACAUUUCUUUGUGGUGUUGUCAAAGAAGAGGAAGUUUAUGACUUUUGUAUGUGUAACCCUCCUUUUUACGAUGAAACAAAUCCUAAUGAUAAUUGUAAAUCCAAACGUAGGAGUGAAGAGAGGCCUGGGCCUAGAAAUGCUCAAUCAGGAGUAAACGUUGAGUUGACGACUCAAGGAGGAGAAAUUGCAUUUGUUCAGAACAUAAUCGACGAUAGUCUAAAGUUGAAGGAUCAAAUUAGGGUUUAUACGACUAUGCUCGGUCAUAAAAGCAGUCUUGCACCGUUAAAACUGUACAUAAAGAAAAACUGCGAGGCAAAAAUCUCUUCUACAAUGUUUUGCCAAGGGAGAACAACAAGAUGGGGUCUUGCGUGGACUUUUCUUCCCAAUGUUGAUUUGGACAAAGCUGACAUACAAGGUCUUCUUCCAAAGAAAAAAGUAGACUACGUCCGUUCGGCGGAUAUUUCCCUCGAGGGCGACACACUUCAUCAAGAUCUUGUCAGCAAAAUUUUAAUUAUUUUAGAUCAAUUAAAGAUCGAAAGAAAAUGUUUGCAAAUGGCGACCAGUGAAGGUGAAACAUACAGCAUUCUGGCAAGGAAGAACACUUGGAUAAACGAUCGAAAAAAAAGAAGAGAGGAGAAAAGGAAAGAGUCGCAGAUGUCAAAUUGCAACACUGACAACGAUUCGGUCGAACCUGGUUCAAAAAGGAGAUUCGAAAAUGAUGAAGGUCCAUCUAAAAAAACAAAAUAUGAUGUCGACAGUGAAAAUGAAGUUUAUCUUAAAUGCAAAUUAGCCAUGAAGAGACUAGAGGGUGUCUUGGGAGUUGAAAUGACCUUUGUAGAAGGCUCUGGAGGAAAAGACGCUGUUAAUCAGCUGUUGCAAUACUUAAAGAAUCACAUCAAGUAGAUGCAGUAAACCCAUUUAUUUAUUUUUGUGUAAAUAUAUUUUUGGUUUUAAAUUA